GCAGCGAGCGGCAGCCAGGCGGCUACUCAGUCGACACAAGCGCAGCGACAGCGGGUGGCGAGCAGCGCGCGCCGGCGCUCACAUGUGACAGGACCCUCGGCUCGGCUCGGCUCAGCUCAGCUCGGCUCAGCAGCUAGUUGAUCGCUGCUCGCUGCGUCGCGGAGUCGGCUCUGCGCUCAGCGCUGAUGGCGGCGUGGGCGCUCUCUGUGUUGCAGGCCGCCAUCGCUAUCAUGCCGGUAGGCGGCCGGGUCGCGGGAAAGGUGGGGAUCUUCUCCAACCUUCAGAACGGCCGCAGCCACUCGGGCAUCAACGAGGCCAUCAUAUGGGUGAGCAUCGGCAUGGGCGUGACGAUCGCGGUGCUGAUUUCGAUGGCGCUGUGCUACAUCGUGCGCGAGAAGUGCCGCAAGCGGCGCGAGUUCUACGUGAGCGCCUAGGCCCGCCGCGCCCGGGACCGCUGCUCGCGGGCCGGGCCGCUGCUCCUGGGCGUCGGCGGCGCCGGCGUCGGCGUCGGCCCCGGGCCCGGCGCCUACCUGGGCGCGCGGCGCUGCGUCAUGUGCGCGCGCACCGCCGCGCGGCUCGCCGCCGCCGCCGCCCCCACCACACCGUCGCCGCCGCCGCCGCGGCGCUCCACCUCACCCGCCCUCGUGUCUCGGGCUGCCUGAAGGGCCUCCACCUGUUUCCGCAGUUGCACCUGCUGGGACUGUCUCUCCAGGGCACGUCUUGACACCUGACGCGACUCGGCACUCCGCCACUCUACCACUCUAGUCAGCUUCUGAGAUGACGGCUCUAGCAAGUCUCUUCACCGGUACCUACCUACUGCGAGAGCAUAGAUUUUGAACAAGUGUUGGGCCUCACAAAUGAUUACGAGAAGAACUAAAACGAUCAUGGUCACGUGAAGCUCCUCACAACAGCGUAAAGCAGAUGUGAUACACCUGCAGAGAGUGUGUACACUGCUACAGACGUUACUCGCAUUUCAGUCCACACCAGUCCACAACUUAUCAUCUCAAUUCCUAAACAGUCAUUCCAUCACUGUAUGCAUCAAUCCACAUCCCAUGCGACGCCUCAUUUCGCAUUUGUUUUGGCACAUCUCUACUGAUAACCUGUAAUGUUGCUGCACUGAGGCAAAAUACUGUACAUUAACUGAGGUGGAUUUAAAGUGAUGCAGCUACAUAGAAGCAUUUUGACACUGGAGUAGCUCAUUAGCAUAAAGCUGCACACCAAAUCUCUAUUAUUGCAUAAAUCUGUGGACACUUAACUAUAUUGAAACACAGAGUAAUGAGAAAGAAGCAAAUAAAAAUCUGGCUUACAUGCAUACCAAAUCAUUAUUUCCAUUUGACCUAUCGAGCCAUAAAUUCAGCCAGAAUUUCGUGCAACAUGAAAUAACCAGGAAGGUAAUUCAACAAACAGAUAAUCAAAAUCUACCAUUUAAGUCCACAGUUCGUUUCGUGCCAGUUUUGAAUGGUUUCUUUCAUUCAAACAUUCUAUUCACUUCUACCACUAGACGAUAGCUUCUAUCAUCUACAAUUAUACGCACUAAUUUCAUUCCAAAGCACUAUUCUCGCUGAUAAGUUAUGUUCACUGAAUCACUGUCAAUACAGAAUUAACAACCAUAACACAAUAUCCAAAAAUUAUUCUUAUUACUAAUGGGGCGAGACUCGCCUUUAAAUCUUCCCCACUCUUUUUAUUUCAUCUUCCCGAUUCGAAUGGCAUUUGUCAAUGACUACGAAUUUCACUAUUUACUUUUCAGCAAACUUCGAAACUGUCUGGAUAAAUUCAAGUACCAUCGUUGUUAUAAUUUUCUGUUCUUUUAAGGAUUAUUCAUACCAUUAGUUAUAGCCUACUAUAUCUCACAUCCUUAUAUCUAAAUCAACUAAACAAUACGUCGUAUUCUUACAGACCAGUUCAGUUUGUUAUUUCGAACAGUAAUAUUCAUAAAAUACAAGAAUGAACUACCUUGUUCCCAAGUAGUACUCGAGACAUGUAUUUUAAGUAGUACAGUAUUUUACGUUUAGAAAAUUGCAUAGAAAUUGUGGUAUUAACAGCCCUAGUAUUUUAGACACCUUUUGUCUUUUGUCUGUAAUUUAAGAAAUAUACAGAAAAGGCGUAUUAUUUUGGUCACUGGCAUCUACUAAGUAACCUUUUCCUCAUAUGCCAUUUAUUUUUUGGGACCUGAUAGGUUAUUGUAACUAUAAUAUACAGCUCGUCACAUGUUACUGAAACAGAAGAGUAGCCAGAUAAAAGUAAAUUCUAGUGAAAUAAGUGACAGCCGAUUGUUUAUAAUAAAUAUCAAACAAUUCCAGUGAUGAAAAAGCGAGACUAAUUUCAGGUACUUCAGAAGAAUUUAAAAUAGUGACUGUACUGUGUGAUAAAUAAACAAGAGUGAAGUAACAGAAGGUCUACUAAAGCCUUCAGGACAUCUGGUGAAACCCAAAUACUAACAUUAAUCACUGCAGACUUCUCUUAUGGGGAUAGUUACUUUCAGUGUAAAUUAAAAUAAUGUGAAAUACAGCUCAAUAACGGACUAGCCAUAAGUGGAAGUAUAAUUGUCUCUAAAAACGCCACAGACAUUUGUACAUUUUCCCCUCGUAAUAAUACUAAUUUUUCUAACCGUUAUUUUCCUCUCUUAACUGAGUAUAUAGUCAAUUUAGUAUGUUCUUCUAUGUCAAUGUGUGUCUUCUUGCAAGUACUGUGCUCGAGAAAGUUAUGUAGAAACAAAGUUUUGUAGUUAUAAGAAAAUAUUUUAAUACACCGGUCUGUAAGAUUACCUCAAUUUGUAGAAUUUUAAUAUGUAACAAUGUUGUAAACAAUUUCUUAUAAAAGUUUGAGAAGUUGUUGAAUUCCUAAAUAAAAUUAUUAUUAAACUGCAUAAAAUAAACACAAGAAUAAAGUUUAUAAGCAGUCAGUAAUCUGACUACUUUAAAUAUAUUUUGUUAACAGAGGUGAUUAAAUUAGGGACCAUAAAAAUAGAGAAUAGUCUGUGUAUAUUAUUCUAUUUGUGUAACACAUCUUCUUAUACACAUCUUGUAACUUCGAUCUACAACCAUGAGGCUACCACUGCAGAGUUUUAUACCAUUAUAUAAACAAUAGAAAGAUCCAUGGAUGAAAUGAAAUCUUUUUCUCAUACUUAACAUUACAAUCAGAGUUUGUCACUUCCCAUAAUGAAAAAACCCUCCCAGCUAUGACAGUUCAUCAAGGAAUCAUGUAACAGAUUAAAAGUAGUUGAAAUACAUUCACAGGGUAUUGGAAGUGCAAUGUGACUACUAAUUAUUUUCACUGUAAACGAAAUUCAUUGUGACAUUCUGAAAUAGAAAACAAUUUUAAUGUUGUUUUUCAGAGUAGCUAUACAUGAUUACAUCAAUAAUACGGGUUAUUGAGUUAAUGUUUUCAUUAAUGCUACCCAUCAAGCUUACAUGAGGUGCAUUUAUAUAUAAAUGGUGUCUAUUAAUGAUUAAUAAGUAUAGAAUGUAUUCAGAGGAAACUGUUACAAAAAAGAAAAAUAGAAUUAUAGCAAACUUUUUAAUAAAGAGAUGGUGCUUUAAACUUAUGGUGUAUCAUAUUCUUACUGAUUCCGUUUCCUUCUUCUGUGGAUUAUUGUUAGUAGCAAAUUUUU